AUGAACAAUUUGCGGGGUCAUUGUCAAGAGUCUCAGUGUACACAAAAAUCGACUUUAGCACCGGUGUUAUCACAAAGUCAACCUCGAUUAUGGAUCAUCUGGCUAUUGUUGGGAGCAUCAUUCAUUGUGCUCGCAGCUUUCUCACGGCCAGAUACCUACAUGUGGGGAUCUCGGUUUGCGCCUCUUCAAGCUCAUCGCAGUCCCUUGGGUGAGGCCGCUAUCCGCCCCAUGAUCACACUACACCCCGAGGACCAUGUAUAUCGCCAAAAGACUACGCAAUAUCUGGAUUGGCAUGUCACGAAAGAUGUGCGUAGACCUGAUGGAGUUCUCAAGCAGAUCUAUGUGAUCAAUAAUUUAUUUCCUGGCCCUACUAUUGAGGCCCGUUCUGGUGAUACUUUAAUUAUCACAGUCACCAAUGCGUUGUAUGAGGAAGCUGUUUCCUUCCAUUGGCACGGCCUUCAUGUUGCAAAUGCCAUGGAUGGAGCACCGGGAAUCUCACAGUUUCCUAUUGCAUCAGGUGGUCACUUCGUCUAUAAUCUUACCGUCCCUGCAGACCAAAGUGGUACAUUCUGGUACCAUUCACAUACCGGCGUUUCGCGUGCAGAUGGUCUCUAUGGUGGCCUUGUGGUCCAUGCUCCUGCCUCUCGCUCGGCCGUUAGGGGUCUCUUACCUCAAUCAAAGAGUGAUGCUCAUCACUACGGCUAUGAGAAAGAACUCCUUCUUCUCAUUGGUGACUGGUACCAUUGGCCCGCCAAGGAAGUCCUAGCCUGGUACAUGACUCCUGCCAAUAUCGGCUUGGAUCCAGUACCAGAUACUUUUCUCAUCAACGGAGUCGGAUAUUUCAAUUGUUCAGCUGCAACAAUUGCACGCCCGGUGAAUUGUGUAGAGCAGCCAGUCAACACUUCCUUCUUGGAAAUGGAUUUCAAUGUUGCCUAUCGAAUCCGCGUGGUAAAUACAGGAUCUCUAGCAGGGUUGAGUCUUGUGUUCGAUAAAGAGCAGCUGAACCUCAUUCAAGUGGACAGCGUUGACGUUGACCCUCUACAACACCACGAUAGCAACUCAAUCGGUGUUCUUUAUCCAGGACAACGAAUGGAUUUCAUUCUCAACCCUUCUCAAACACAUUUGAAGUCCUCUAUGACGGUUCAGCUAGACCAGGAAUACUUCAGAUUCAUGAACCCAUCUCUCAAUCCAAGCCAGACAUUCCCAACCAGCUUCAUAUCACCAGCAGACCCUCCAAUCCGCCCACCCAAGAUCCGACACAAGAUCGAUAUCAACAUUACACCAUCGGCCUCAUCAUUUCUUCAGUCCCUCCCACUAAGGCCCGACCGGACAUUCGUCGUAUACACGAAAAUCCAAAAACUAUCCUUCAAUCACAACAUGCCUUUCGGCAUCUUCAACAAGACUACCUGGAGUCCCCAACAAAACCCUCUCAUCCCACUAAUCGGUCUUCCGCGCACGAAGUGGGACAAAAACCAAUUUGCCAUCACGACCGGACCAGAUUCUGUUUGGAUUGAUAUUGUUGUGAAUAAUCUCGACGAUGGUGGUCAUCCUUUCCAUAUGCAUGGCCAUAGUUUUUAUAUCAUGACUGUGCAAAAAGGUGCUUACGGAUGGGGCUCAUACAAUCCGUUCGAGGACGCGUACCCUCCCGGCCUGGAGCCUGGGCCAGAUCCUGAACCCAUGGAAGGAACAGAAUGGGUCAUACCGAAUGAAAGUGAGUUCUAUCCCUACAACCUCUCUCGCGUUGCUUUGCGUGAUACGGUCUAUAUACCCAGGCGCGGAUAUGCAGUCUUGCGCUUCCGGGCGGAUAACCCAGGCGUGUGGCUUUUUCAUUGCCAUAUGCUUUGGCAUCUUGCGACGGGAACGGCGAUGUUGAUUGACGUUCAGGGAGAUUUGAAGGGUGAGGUUGCGCAUGAUCCUUCUUUGCUUGAGGGGAUGAGGGCGUGA